CACAGAGAUAGCCAUGCGUGUGUGUGGGCGUAUGCGGGGGUGUAUGUGUGUGUGUGUGUGUCUUUUGCAGAGCCAGCUUGUAAUCAGCUGUUAAAGUUGGCUCUGAUGUUUCACAGCAUUUGAACGCACCGCAGUGAGCGGGACAGUGCAGAGCUUCCAGAGCUACUCCUGCUGCAGCAGCACUAGUGAAAUUGGAAGAGGGAAUAAGGAAGAAAUUGAUUCAGCAUUUGCAGAGUAUAUUUACCAGCUGUAGACAUUCUGUUCAUUUGCACUGCUUGCUAUUCAAAUUCCAGUGACUGUGUUUGGGAGCAGCCGUGAGAAAAGGAGAUGAUUGAGCUGGGUCUCGCUGAAGGGUGCCUCAUCGAUGAGCUGAUGGAGCUGACGUCUCAGAGUAUCGGUCAGCUGGAGAUCCAGGAACAUUUCAACAUCAUCAAGGAGAUCGGACGGGGAAAAUAUGGCAAAGUGUUGCUGGUCACCCAUCGUUUUAGGGGGACUCCAAUGGCCCUGAAAGUGAUGCCUAAAGCCUCCACUAAACUGCAGGGCUUUCUACGAGAGUACUGCAUCUCCUUACACCUGUCCUGCCACCCCUGCAUUGUGGGCCUGUUUGGCAUCGCCUUCCAGUCUAAAGAGCACUACUGCUUCGCCCAGGAGCUGGUCAUUGGGAGGGAUCUGUUUGCCGUCAUCAAGCCAAAGGUGGGAAUCCCGGAGUCGUCAGUAAAACGCUGCGUCCUCCAGAUCUCCAGUGCGCUGGAGUUCAUCCACAGCCACGGUCUGGUCCACCGGGAUGUCAAGCCUGAAAACAUCCUGCUGCUGGACACUCACUGCCGUCAGGUCAAGCUGGCAGACUUUGGCCUCGCCCAGAAGAGAGGAACCCUCAUUCGCUUCAUCACAGGGACUUUGCCGUACAUGGCCCCGGAACUUUGCAGCGUGGCUCUGUUGGACAACCAGAAAGAGGUGACAGUGCCUCCUCUGAGCGUGGAGCCCAGCUUGGACACCUGGGCCUUUGCAGUGGUCAUCUUCUGCAUCCUGACCGGUUACUUCCCAUGGGAGCGUUGCAUGAACUCGGACAGCUUCUAUCAGGAGUUUGCCGACUGGUGCGAGACGAAGAAGAAAGUUUAUGUGGAGGAUGACGUCCCUCCUCUGUGGAGGAGGUUCACCCCAGAGGCUAUGGAGAUGUUCAGUCUGCUUCUGGCUCCAGACGCAUCGCAGAGGAGUUCAGCAGGAGCAGUGAGAGCGUACGUGGAAAAAGACUGGCUGAGAAAAGACCAUGGCAACGAGCUGCUCUAGAUAAAUGUACAGAGUGUGCCCUUAUUUGGAGGCACGUUGUGUAGGAAAAUAUGUUGAUUAAUAUUAAACCAAAAGAAUGGAGGUAGUUUGUGUUUACUCGCGUCGUAAUUAAAAGAAAAAAAUGUUUA